AUGUCCCGCGGCUUCUCCAGCUCCUUCUUCUCCCUGCUCCUGCUCGCACUGAGCGUCGCCGUGACUGCGAGCGCGACACCCGUCGUUCAGGUCCGCGACAACCUCGUGCGGCUACCGUUCGCGAAGCGGGUGAACUUCACCGGCUCGAGCAAGCUCAUCGAGCGUGACCAGGCGCGCGUCCGCAACCUCCGUGCGCGUGCGAACGCGAAGCUCAGUGGGCUCACCCUCACCGACGACGCGGUUGUCAGCGUCCCCGUGGACAACCAGGUCGUGGACUACGUCGCGAACGUCCAAGUCGGCACGCCCCCCACCACGUACUCGCUCCUUAUCGACACCGGCAGCUCUAACACCUGGGUCGGCGCUGGCAGGUCGUUUGUGCAGACUUCCUCAUCCCGUCAAACCGCCGACCGCGUGUCUGUGACGUAUGGCUCCGGCGACUUUUCCGGCACUGAGUUCACAGACACUGUCAGCCUUGGGCCCGGUCUGACCAUCACCGGCCAGUCCAUUGGCGUUGCGGCUCGUUCCGAUGGCUUCGAUGGCGUCGACGGUAUUCUUGGUAUCGGCCCCGUCGACCUGACUGUUGACACGCUCUCUCCCGACACUCGGUCGACGAUUCCUACCGUGACCGACAACCUCUUCUCGCAAGGCCUCAUCACACAGAACCUGGUCUCUGUCUCGUUCGAGCCGUCGCAGCAGGAGGACAACGUGAACGGCGAGCUCACCUUCGGCGGCACGGACUCCUCCAAGUUCACCGGGUCGAUCAACUUCGCGCCGCUCACGCGCACGUCGCCCGCGUCCGAGUUCUGGGGCAUCAACCAGUCGAUCCGCUUUGGCACGAACGCGAACAUCCUGUCCAGCACCGCCGGCAUCGUCGACACCGGCACCACCCUCACCCUCAUCGCCACCGACGCUCUGACCCGGUACCAGCGUGCUACUGGUGCCGUGUUCGACAACGCGACGGGCCUGUUGCGCAUCACCCCCGCCCAGUUCGCGAAGCUGCAGAGCCUGUUCUUCACCAUCAACGGGGUCAACUUCGAGUUCACGGCCAACGCCCAGAUCUUCCCGCGCGCGCUCAACACCGCGAUCGGCGGAAACGCGAACAGCAUCUACCUCAUCGUCGGCGACAUCGGCACUCCUAGCGGUGAGGGCCUCGACUUCAUCAACGGCCAGACGUGGCUCGAGCGCUUCUACGCCGUUUUCGACACCGCGAACCGCCGCGUCGGCAUCGCCAAUACUCCCUUCACGACCGCGACGAGCAACUAG